UAUUUACAAUGUUAUUAUACAUAGCUACAAUGUACUUAAUGUGCAAAUCUUUUUGCACAGUAUGUGUAAGUAUACAAUUGUAUCAGAAAUGGGUUUGGGUUAGGGUUAGGGUUAUAUUGUGCAAACCCAAUGUACCCAUUAAGUACAUUGUAUCUAUGCAUAAUAACAUUGUAAGUACACAUGUAUUUACUAAGCAACUACGAUACAAAUGCACAGUAAUUAGAGACUCUUAAUGUCAAGUGUUACCGACGUUCAACUGUAAGAUACACCUUGAUUUAUAAGUGCUGUCAUUUACAAAAUGUUCUGCAAUGGUUCUUGCACAUUGCCAAGUUGUACAUACCCAAUCCAUUCUCGUGUGGGUUGAAGGUUUGAACCAUUCCAGAAUGGGUCGUAUUGGUUGAUUCUCAUUUUGUUCAGGAGAGAUGUUUAUUUUGGGUAUUUACUGAUCAAUAAUUAGGACAUUCAUGUCACGAAUACCACGCAGUGUGUUUACCCACAUAAGAUCUAUAAAUACUUUCACAACACUAGCCAAUAAGUUAAUUGCACAAGUCAGUAUUUUUUUUUUAAACAUAAGAGUUUAAUUAAAAAGUAGCAUCCUUUAAAAAAAAAAAAAAAAAAAAAAAAAACUACAGCUCUUGAAAUAUGUAAACUCGUGGUGUACUGUUUAAGAAAGUUACCACAUCCGGAAUAAUACACAUGCAUUCCACUAUGGAGUAUAACGAAUAAGGUUUUAGAAUAAGUUUUUUUUUUUUUGUCUUGGGUUGGUUUUGUUUUUCUAUACUGUACCUCGUAGCUGUGAUCCGAAAUGCGGUCCAGCGGUGUAACCUUUUCGUACAACUCAAGUAAACUGUCUCCACGGUAGCACCAAAGCGUUCUGCAAGAACCUUUCUGUUGGUCGCCUCGGAUGAUACGGUGUUGAGCGCACCAAUUGUUUUAGGUUUACGUGCAGACCCAAGUCGCUUGGUCUGGGUUGUUGCUCACCCCAUUAUGUUUUAGCUAGAGGGUUAAAUGCCGAGAUAUUUUUAAACUGUGGAAAGUCCCUUGCUUUACUAGAUACUCCUACAACAGUGAAACACCUCUCACUAUACGCCGGCUUCAUGACGGAAAUAUCAAACUUAGUGGAGUACAGCAGUACAGCAGUACAGCAGACGCAUCUAAUGCUGGGAGCCUUGAAAAGAUUCUUUUCAAACCGAGUAUUUAUUUGCUAUGGAAGUAAGAAACCCCCUACCCCAGUCACUUGAAGACAGCAAUCUGACCAAAGCGCUGAGACUGAGAGAACGUAUAGCAGCAGAUAUUACUAGGCGGCUGAGUCAGAGACCCUCCAUUCACCACCUCCGCUCCCUGCACCAGCACAGCGUGCACCUGUGUGGAUACAAGUCUUCCAGCGCGCGGUGCAGAGACCUCAUCAAAGAAUCUCUCUGUGACCCGCGCCUCCUGAGACGCUUUGAAGACAGCCGAGGCCUGAACUGGAGCAAACAAGUCAGGCGGCUCUUUCCACUGAAGAAUCCUGGGAAAAACAACAGCCUGCUGGACGCCGUGUCUCUUUACAUGUGGGGAGUGUGUGAUGCUGACUCUGUGCUCCACGCUGCUCUCUAUCGCACCCUGGCUGAAAGCAGUGCGGCCGAGCUCAGGCUGGCAGCACCCAGGAGAGCAGCCCGAUACACCUCAGCUCACCUCCCUCCUGACUCUGGGUUCUGCGCUGAAGAAUGGCAGAAUAUAGUGAAGACGGCCGACCCAAAGGCAAAAGCAGAGACGUCUCUGAUUAAUUUCUAUCAAGAUAUCUAUCUGCAUGUUUUGGCAAACAUCAUCAGAAGGCCAAUUAUUGUCAUUGCCGAUGCAGUUCCUAAUCCUGCAGGGGUGUAUCUGCCACUCCUCUGGGAGUCUGAUGAGUGUUGCCGUUUCCCGGUGGUCCUGGGAUACUCAAGUCACCACUUCACCCCACUGGUGAAUGUCAGCAAUCCUGGAGCGGAAAUGGACGCGUUGCCACUAGUUAUGCCCACUGCACAUGGAAUGGUGGCCCUGCCAGCUCCCUUUCUUCCUGACUCAGAGCAGCGCACUAAACAGCAGUUUCUUAACAAGUACCUCAAUAUUACUGCUGUUUACUUGGAAGGCAAUGUGACCGAGACAGUCUUUGCAGCCCGGUUGCAAGGAAAUAAUUUACCAGAGGAUCUCAGCUUGGUUCAGGACUACUUCAAAUUAGUGCACCAUACUUGCAGGCAGGUUGAAUUAACGAUGGAAAGCGAAAGGGCGCAGGAUGUGAGCAGGAAACAGGAAAACCAUUUCUCUCCGUCGGGCCUCUCUAUCACCGCAGACAACUGCCUAACAUCGGGCUGUAUCUACUUCUGCUCCAAGUUCACCCAGCCGUUCUGCCACAAGUGUUUCAAAGACUUUCAAAGCAAAGGUCCGCCUCCCAGGUCCUGUCAUUCUCACCAGGAGUCCAGGAGACAGGACCGGAAAGAGAACUCCUCGGAUCGAACUACUUUCUAUGGGAACGCCAGCCCUUCGGAGGUGAAGCUGCCAACUGGGCCGGCAUCGGCUCCUGCUGCAUCUUCUAACCUUUCCUUUUUUAACGAGGUCAGCGUCCAGAAUUGCAGAACUCCACAGCCUGGUAAUUUGACUCAGGCUGCGGUGUUCUCCGAUCCCUCUCAGAGACUGGUUAGAGACACUUUCACGGAGAACGAGGUCUCUCCCCAAGAGCCUGCAGACAGCAUCCUGGACUUCCUGGGAGGGAGGUGUAUAAUCUGCAAGAAGGAGACUAGGACCUUUAAUGGUUUGUGUUUCGCGUGCUUGCAGAUCAGAGCAGAGGCUUCGAGGCCCGAGGGUCCGCAGCCCUCUUCCUCAUUGGAAGGGCUUCAUCCCUCGUUCAGCAUGCACAGCGAGGAGCUGCAAGACCCUGUCUCCCUCAGUAAAGACAAUGGGAAGCUGUGCAUCACCCCAGGCUGCCAAUACUUCGGGACCCCACAGCACUUUGGCCGCUGCACCGUUUGCUAUAUUGCUUCCCAGGGUGAAACAGGACAGUGCGGCCCAGAGAAGGGAGACGCUGGUGUUCCUAGCGACCAGCCUCCUCAGGUUUCCUCCGUCCUCAGGAACAUGCCGCGGUGCUGCGUCCCUGGGUGUAGCAUGCUGGGGAAUCCCAGAUAUAACGGCUGUUGUGAGAAAUGUUUCAUCUUGAACCAGAAUACAGGGUUACAGAGAUCAGGGAGCAAUCCUUCAGCUGCGCAUCCUGGUCAGAGAACCGCAUCCCCAAACCGUCAACACUACAGACCCCCAGCCGAACACGAAUUGCUGUGUGAGAAUUUUAUGGAGAAGGCUGUCCUGGGAACCAGGAAAGAGCCCAUUGGCCCUGCUGGCAGUGACCAGUCUGCCACAGCCAAUCCAGAGCAGGCCGAGAGAACCUGCAGGGCCAGUGGUUGCCGGAACUAUGGCAACAGCAAAUGUGAAGGAUACUGCAAUGAAUGCUAUCAUCGUAUCAGGAGCAGGCAGUGAGUAGAAACCAACACACCGGGAAACAGUGGCAGCACCUUGAAGCAAUUCCAAGUGGAUGGCAGUGCAGGCUAGAUCAAUGAACAUCGUUCAUACUGACAAGUCGUGAGCACACAUGAUGAUGGACUCUGCACUAUUCUUGUGCCUCAUUGUACUGUAUCUAACCACCCUUUUUAUUCUGGCUAUACCAGGUUUAGUUCUUUUGUAGCAAACAGAAUUUAUUUUUUCAUAGUUUUUUUCAUGGUGCUAAUAGGAUCACUCUAAUAAAAAGAUGCUGUAAGAAGUACAGACUAGCACAUUGCUCUUGUAUGUAUAUAUAUAUAGCAGAUUGGUUGUGUAUAAUUGCAGGUUAUGAGUAUGGAGUUUCAGUACCUGAAAGACCUGUUUUCUACCUCCCUGAUUAUUAUUAUUUUUUCCCAUGAAACUUAUUAACCAGACUGAACUGUUGAGAAGUAUGAGAAAAUAAAAGCAUUUUUUGAUCAGUU